UGGGGCCGUCCCCGCACUGACUGUCCCCGCUCUGUAAUGCUGCUCCAGAUGCCUGCAGCUCAGUGACUCUCAGCACAAAACACCACUGUUCCCCUCCACAAUACACUCCUGUCUUACCUAAUUCAUUACAGCACAUGGAAAAACAAAGCAAACCUUCACAGCUGUGUGAUGGACAGGAUCAGAUCUGGCAUCUAUAAGUCACUCAAAGUCGCUUUAUUAUUAUUUUUGUUAUUAUUAGUUGCAUUUCUGUAGCGCCUUUCUCAAACUCAAGGACGCUUUACACAUAUCGCUUCUUUUUUACACACACACACACCUGACGAGAAGCGGCAGCCAGUUUGCGCCCUGCGUCCUCUGGAUCAGAGACCGCAGCCUCCUGGGGACCGCGCUGGGUGCAGCGGGGGGAGGUUCACACCAGGACAGGGCAGCAACCAUCGCUGGACAUACAUGUAUAUAUGCACACAGGACAAUUUAGAGUAUCCAAUCAACCCAACCUAACUUUGACAUUUAACUCUUCAUUUAUAUUCAUUGUAAGCUUUUCUAGCAACAUGUUUAAAUUUCAUGUACUUUUUGCUGUGUCAGGCGUAUAAAAAAAGUACAUCCUAACUUUGAAGGGUAGUAAAAGUUAUUAAGGGUACUGAAAUUCAGAUUUUAAUUACAGCUGCAUAGUAUUUCUGUGGGCUGCGGUGGCCUUCUAGAAGCUUCUGAUGGAUCUUUGUAAACAACAGACCUCUCAUAUCAGCCAUGAGAGCGAUGAACUUGGUAGGGUUAGGACAGGCAGGAGGAGGCUGGGUGAUUAACCUCAAAGAAGGCUGUCCACUCAUAGAAAUGGGCAGACCCCUAGUUACACAUACAGCAUGAGUCAUUGGUGAAGUUUGUGGGUCAUGAUGCAAUGAAUCACCUCAAACUAACAAUUGAAAGUCAAAUGUUACUUUACUGUUACCAUGGAAGCAGUGUACAUAGCAGCCAUGUCAGUAAAUGUAAUGAGCUUCAUGAACUGAAAAUAAAUUAAAAAUAAUAAUAAUAAUAUAAAUGUGCUGAAACAAUCAAACUGUGUAUCUACACAAUCAAAGACAAACUUGCUCCAAAUGUCAGAAUACUCCAAACGGGUAAAGGUUUCACUUCUGCUUUAAGGCAGCUGUGGGGAAUUCAGCGGCUUGCAACGCGGUCCCAGUGGGGACGGAGACAAAGAGAAAACACGAGUCAGUCUCAGCUGGCACCGAGCGCUGAAGCUCUCGCCAGACGCCCUGCUCACAGAGAUAUUCACCGUCAGGGAAUUUCCAGCGUGAAAUGGAUGGCUCUGCAACAAAACGAAAUCCUUGAACUGGAAAUGACCAAACAAAUCCAGGAAACGAAUGAGGCCGGUGCAGGAAGCCGGCCGGGGCAAAGUUUGCUCCGAGUCCACCGCUUGCCCUCUCCCCAUCCCAUCUACCCCCCAACUCCUACCCUCGCACGCUAUGAGCAACACACUGGAACCCAGGUGAUCCUACAACCCUGCUGCACAGCACCUACAAUGGCAGGCGUCACAGAACGAAUCCACAUACUGCACAGGCCGCCAAACAAGGGGGUCGCCGUGGAGAGGCAGGCUGUUGCUCCCGCUCUGAUGGCGUCGUUAACAUUCAGCAAACGCGCUAGACUUUAGCGGCACGCCUCGGACUUCUGAGAACUUCAUUCAGGAGCAUUUCUGUCGGGCGGCGGAGCUGCGAGACGAGGGAGACGGGCUGUUCUUCUUCGGGAGGGAGGGUGUGUGUGUGUGAUUAUGAGCUCAGUGCAGAUAAAGCGAUGCUGCACUUAGAGAAGUAUGCUCGCUUCCCGGGAAAAGAAUACCCCCUCGCCUAUGCAGACUUUCCUAAUCACACAUGGGCCUCAAGAGUCCCACACAGAUUUCACAAGAAUUGAGAGACUAAACUCCACUACUUCACCUCACCGUACCGAGAAGCCAAACGUCCCAGCAAAUCGCAAGCGGUUGUGUCAGUUACCCCGCCUUGUGUAUCUGGAGGAAUCACAGUGAAUCUUCCCUGGAAACUCCAAAAAGAACAGAAGGAAACACAGGGGAAACAAAUAAGAAAGAAUGAGGGAAAAGUGUCGGAGAGUGCGGCCCAAAGUAAGGCGCGUCCGUUAGGCCGAGAGGAAGUCUUUAUCUCUCUCCUGUGUGUUAUCAGUGACUGGGAUAGCUGCCUGGAAAACCUCCACUUUCUUUCCCUGAACAAAACCCAGGUUGGGCAUCAGGGCUGCUGAGCACUGUGUCCUUUCCAAAGCAAGUGAAGGAGGAGCCAAAGUCCGAAAGAGUUACACGAUUACGGGCCGUGUAGGCGGAUUAGCUCUGAAUGGGGAAUUAGGUGGGACGAUGGAUUUAAAAAUCAUACGUGAUGUGAAUGUGGGUUUGUAUGUCUUCCGUAUGUCUCAUCAACAUCAAAGCCAGCUUGUGGCCUUCUUAGCUGAGAGUGAAGGAGACUCUUAAAAAGAGAAGAAAAACAAGAACAAAAAAACAUGUAAACAAGCUGCUCAAUAAAUAAAAUGCCACACAAACCAAAGUGUUCGUCCAGACGGUCAGUGGUGCCAGUGCCCAUGAAAAGAGUCUGUUCUUCUCCUGGUACAAUGGUAUCAUUGACCGUCCUGUCCUGGUCAGAAGUCCAAGGACAGCGCGCAGGCACGUUUGGUCCCGUGGUGUUAAACCAGGGCCGUUAUGCGUCCUGGGAGCGAUGGCACCUCCCUGGAGCCCCGGCUGGUCCUGGUGUUUUCUCGCUCUCCUGCUGGCGCUGAGCCUCCGCCAUGUUCUACUCGCACCAGGCUUCUCUGAUUUCCUCCACACCGUACUGCGAAACCACACGGCCCACGCGUGCGAGGGAGAGGUACUGUCCAUCAGGUGCCCCUCCAGAUCCGCCGUGGCCGUCUUGUCUGCGUUCUACGGCCGGCGUAUUCCGAGCCAGCACCUGUGUCCUGCCGCGAGCGCCGGGGUCGCGGAGGACAGCACGGACUGCAUGUCCGCCACGGCCUUUCAGAAAGUGAUGUCAGAGUGCCAGGACCAGAGGGCGUGUCAGAUUCCUGUAGUGAGUCCUGUUUUCGGAGAGGAUCCCUGCCCCAAAACCAGCAAGUACAUCAUGGUCUCCUACAAGUGCCGGCCAGUGCAUCACCGUUUGAGGACGGUGUGUGAGAAUGAGAGGCUGCGUCUGAGCUGUAAGAAUGACACGGUCUUGGCCAUCUACUCCGCCACGUUCGGCCACCUGGAGAACGAGAACUUCGAAUGCCCACAGGGAGCCAACAUAAAGCCUGACAUGGAGUGCUUGUCUCCGUCAGCUUUGAGAAGGGUGUGGCGGAAGUGUCAUGGCCAGACCAACUGCACUCUGCUGGCAGACGUUGGGAACUUUGGCGACCCCUGCUUCCCCGGCACCAGAAAGCACCUGCGAGUGUCAUUCACGUGUGUUCCCAGAUACCUGCUGGAGGACGUGGGGCGCGGAGACACAGAUCCCUUCCUACUUUCCGACUACACACACGGUGGCUGGUACACUGGCCCUGGUGUGUACAGGCCACAAAACAUUUUCACCAACACUUUGGAAAUCUUUUCUCAAGUCCAGGGUCUUCCAGAGAGAGUGGCUCUGUACUUUGUCUCUGGCAUAUGCGCCGGUUUGGUCUUCCUGAUGUGUCUGUUUGGUCUGAAAUCGACCCUGAUCCGUGACGUGAAGGAGUUGGUGUCCGAGCUGGAGGAUGAGGUCAAGGCCGCCCGCCGCCUGCGUCGGGGGCUGAUCGAGGACUUCGACGACGACACCUCCUCCUUUGACUCUGCCUUCUGUCGCCUAACGCGCUCGUACCGUGCCACGGAUGUGUUCGGUCCAGACAUGGUGAUGACGGUGGUGAUGGAGGAGAAGCAGGGGGAGGGAGAGGUCAGAUCAGAGGGGGUCAACAACGACCUCUGGCCCCACAACAUCUCCAGCCCUUACGCCGCAAACAAAACCAAAGCUUCCUUGGCCUGAGCUUUAAGACUGAAUAAAUAUCUGCAUGAUCCUGCUUUGCUUCAUCACUCAGAUCUGCUUAAUGCAUGAUUUAAGGUUUUAAUCAACAGACUGUAAUCAGUUUAUGUAUAUUGAUUUUUUUAAAGUUAGUUUGUCAAAGGUCAUUUAAUACUCACAAAAAAAGUUGGACUCUGGUAGUGUUGCAUAAUUUCAGAUAUUUUCUCACAUAAAUGCUUAUGUGAGAAACAAAUGCCCUAUACAGUACUACUAUAAGUUCCGAGUCCAUAACUAAACAUAUUUCUCUUCUGGACCUUUUGACAAAAGACAAAAGAUAUCUUUGGCAAAAGAUAUGUUUAUGUAUAUGAAUGUGAUGUAGUCCAAUGUUUUCAUAGUAAAUGAAAGGUAAGAGUGGGAAACAGAGUGUGUACUGUACAUCACAGGCUUUUUUUUUGCAGCAGCAGUUCCUCUCUUUGCUGUUGGUUUCCACUGAAACAUGGGCAUUGUUAAGCCUCUGGCCCUGUUGACCCCCAAACUACAAUUAGAAUAUAUUGUUAUUGCACAAGUCCAAUUAAUUUUGGGUUUCCUUACUAGUAUGCUAUGAAGUAGAAAUGCAAUAAGAAAUACAACUGAGCAAAUAAUCGUUAGCUAACACCCGCCACCCCAGAGUUCUUAGUUUAAAACAUCAAUAGUUGUCAAUGUUACUGGGACCUGGGAGAGGCGCUAUUGCCGCACAGCCUGAAGACUGUCUAACCUCAACAUAACAGGGAAAAAGGCGCAGUCUAAUCCGAACGUGUUACGAGCUUUACUGGCCCGAAAUCAAAUCUCACAGAUACGCUAGUGAAAAUACCCUUAACAUAGCAGAGGAACCCUGAUGAGCGAUUAGAAAUAUUAACGUUAUUCAAAAAGCAAAUUAAAAACGGUUUGUGUAUUAAAUAGUUCAGUAUUUCGAGCUGGGUGUUCAUGGAUGGCUUGUUCUUUCUUGAACUUGUGACUGUAUUUUACAGAUGUCGCUUAUAAUGAAUAAACAGCUGAUUAUGA